UUGUUAGAAUGCGUUUGAACUUGCACAGCCUUAUGUAUAAAAGGCCUUGGGACACCGGAAAAAGAAUUAGUUUCAUAUCAAAAGGCUAGAAGAACGCAAACGAUAGUGUCCAAGUUGUUAUAAAAUCUAAAGAGACAAAAUGCGUGCAUUUUUUGCUCUACUGAUCGUGUUCGUAACCGUGGACUACGCAUUUGGAUCUUGUGGGGUAUGUGGUUCGAAAUCCAAGGUGGUAUGCAGAGAUAAGACAACGUUUUCAUUCUGUAUAGAUGAUAAUAAUGUAGAUUCAGCGGUGUAUUCUUGCCCAUAUGGAUUGGUUUGUGGUAACGAUAUCAGGAUAUGCGCUCCCGAACCAGAGGAACCAUGCAACCCAGCAUGUGGAAACUGUACAUCCCGAUUUGCUUGCCUCAGUGAAACCACUUAUGCUCUUUGCUUUGGACAAGCCUAUCCAUCGGGAACUAUUUACCCUUGCCCAGAGGGUCAGUUAUGCAGCACAAAGAAAUCGAAUGGAUUGAACUUCUGCGUUGAUAAAGACAGUGUUCACCAUGAGGAGAUCGACUGCUACAAAAAUAUAGUUGUCACAAUAGACGAAAGCAAUGGCGGAGUUGUGCUUUUACCACCUGUUUACUAAAAUGGGAAUGUAAAAUUUGUGAUUUUAAAUUGUUCUUACACAAGCUGGAAAUAAAGUUAUUCUAAAUUAUGGAAAAA